ACAUCAACCUCAAAGUCCUUAAUAACACAACACAACACAACACUACAUAAUAAUAGUAGUUUCUUACAAUUACUUGCAUACAAAAUUUGUUCUGGUAACACUUUUCUCUCACACAGAACAUGUUUGUCCUAGAAAAUGGUGUGAAGAACAAGGGGGAAGACCCAAGGCUUCAAGCAAUCUCUCAAGCCAUCAGAGUGGUGCCUCACUUUCCCAAACAAGGAAUAAUGUUUCAAGACAUAACAACAUUGUUGUUGGAUCACAACGCGUUUAAAGACGCGGUUGACAUUUUUGUUGAUCGUUACAGAGACAUGGAUAUUUCUGUUGUUGCCGGAGUUGAAGCCAGGGGAUUCAUUUUUGGUUCCUCAAUUGCGUUAGGCAUUGGUGCAAAGUUUGCUCCUUUAUGCAAACCUGGAAAGCUACCAGGUGAAGUAAUUUCAGAAAAAUAUGUUCUAGAAUAUGGAACUGAUUGCUUGGAGAUGCAUGUUGGUGCUGUCCAACAAAAUGAACGGGUCAUAAUUAUCGAUGAUUUGGUGGCUACAGGUGGAACUAUGUCAGCAGCAAUUAGACUUCUAGAACGUGCUGAUGCUGAAGUAGUGGAGUGUGCUUGUGUGAUUGGUCUGUCUGAUCUUAAGGAAAAAAAAACAUAAACCAUAGCCUGCUUUCAGGUACGCUGCAAGCUUAAUGGAAAGCCACUUUAUAUCCUUGUGGAGCCACGCCAAGUAGAAAAUGGUUUUUGAGGUGGAAAUUCAAAUUGUACACUGCACAAAAAGAAAUGGUUGCAUAUGAAUGACCCUUUGGAGAACUCUACAAUUGCAUAUUGUUUGGAGUCUCACAAUGACAACACUGAAGAUUUCAAACAUCCUUUACCCAAUGGAGGCACCAUUUUGCUAAUUUAGAGACAUUUUAAUAUCGUGUGUGAGUGUAUAUAUAUUUAUAUGUUUAUAAUCCUCGAGUCCUAAUGACACCUUUAUUCUUUAUGGAACUUGGUUGUUUUUGACCCCUUUUAUAUAUAUGUUUAGGAGUUAGGACUAA